CACUGCCUCUUCCUCUCUUCCCCCCUAAAAACCUCCUGCCAUCCUCAGUUUUUCUCUUGUUUUGGUCCUCACCCAAACGCAACCAUAAGGUUCCUACCGCAUCCUCCUCCUCCUUCUUCCCUCUCCUUCCGCUCGAGUAUAUCCCGUUUUUUCGGUUUGGUUUGGUCCCGCAAAUUUUCAAAUAUUUACUUCCUGUACAUCAAGAGGAAAGGGGGUCCCCCUUUCAUGGAAUGCGGAAACAUGGGUCUGUUCGACCGCGGAGUCCAGAUGCUGCUGACCACGGUGGGAGCCUUCGCGGCCUUCAGCCUCAUGACCAUCGCGGUCGGCACGGACUACUGGCUGUACUCCCGCGGCGUCUGCAAGACCAAGUCCAUGAGCGAGAACGAGACCAGCAAGAAGAACGAGGAGGUGAUGACCCACUCGGGGCUGUGGAGGACGUGCUGCUUGGAAGGAAACUUCAAAGGGAUGUGUAAACAGAUAGACCACUUUCCAGAGGAAACAGAUUACGAAGCGGACCCAUCUGAGUACUUCUUGCGUGCGGUGCGAGCCUCCAGCAUCUUCCCCAUCCUCAGUGUCAUCCUGCUCUUCAUGGGGGGCCUGUGUAUAGCUGCCAGUGAGUUCUACAAGUCACGCCACAACAUCAUCCUCAGCGCGGGAAUCUUCUUUGUGUCUGCAGGCCUGAGCAACAUCAUCGGGAUCAUCGUGUACAUAUCAGCUAACGCAGGGGACCCUUCAAAAAGCGACUCCAAGAAGAACAGCUACUCAUACGGCUGGUCCUUCUACUUUGGUGCCCUCUCCUUCAUCAUGGCCGAGAUGGUGGGCGUCUUGGCCGUGCACAUGUUCAUCGACCGCCAUCGACAGCUCCGAAUAGGGGCCCGCGCAGCCGACUACCUCCAAGGCUCGGCCAUAACGCGGAUCCCCAGCUACCGCUACCGCUACAGACGCCGCUCGCGCUCCUCUUCCCGCUCCACAGACCCAUCACACUCCCGCGACACCUCGCCGGUGGGCCUCAAGGGCUUCAGCGCGCUGCCGUCCACGGAGAUCUCCAUGUACACGCUGCCCCGGGACACCCUCAAGUCCUCCGGCACGCCCACCGCCACCUACAACUCUGAGAGGGACCACAACUUCCUGCAAGUCCACAACUGCAUCCAGAAGGACCUGAAAGACUCGAGCCACACCAACACAGCGAACCGCCGCACCACGCCGGUAUGAGGGAGUCGACACAGGCCAGGCCAGCCCGGCGAAGACCAGGAGACACGGGAACCCCUGUGGGUGCAGAACGCCCCAGGAGAAGAUGGAUUUCCAUGUUUAUAGACAUUUGUUCUUUUUGUUCAGCUGCAUGACUUUUCCAUUACCAUUGUUGAGAGAGUUUCAACAGAGUCUGCUGUGUUCCUGGAUCGAAUGGCAGAAGCGUGAGAAUGGGUCGGGUUGUCCCGAGAGAGCGACAUCUGUCAUUUUAUGCGCAGGGUUUGUUGAUGAGGUUUG